AUGUGUAAAACGUAUAGUCAAAGAGGCAGUCUCAAUGUUCUGCUCAUGUUCUCAUCAAGUAACACACAAGAGCCAGAAAAGAUAUCUCAAAGUCCAUUAGAAUCAUAUGACAGUAAAUAUCACGUAAAAAUAGUCUCUAACUUGAAGGAUAACUUCAAAAAUCGUUUUAAGGAUUUCAACGAAACUGCUAUAGUGGCGAAAUUUGGUGUUUCACCCUUUAUGGAAAUUGAUAUCCAACAGUUUGCAACUUCUGUUACGCAGAAUCUUAGCGAAGACAUCGCUGCGACAGAAAUGGAACUAGUCGAUCUAGCACACGCUGCGGACUAUUUCGUGACUGAAGGAAAUGACGAACGCUGUCAAUGUGUCGAAGUGCUUCUGAUGCGUUUGGAGUUGGUAUCAGUUCCAAACCGACAGAUUCUUCAUCUUUAUUUUCCUUUUCUUCGUCAUCAUCAGUACCAACUGCCGAAGAUAUAG